AGGAAGUUUCUGAUUCAGUAAUCUUUUUCAUUUUAAAGGUGUUUUCUUCCUGUUAUGGCUCCUCUCUGACUUCACAGCUACCUCUUUGCCAAAUAUUGCACCCAGUGGAACAGCAACUCAGUCAUCGACAAAUUUUGAUGGUUACGCUUCAAAAGCAGUUGAUGGGAAUAGAGACCCAAGUUUUUAUAGUGGAUCUUGCACCCAUACACAAUUUGGACCAAGCCACUGGUGGAGUCUUCUUCUGCCGGCCGUGUACAGAAUCGAAUCAGUUAGCAUCACCAACAGAAAUGAAUUCCCUGCGAGGAUCAAUAAUGCCAUGAUACUCAUUGGGAAUUCCCUAGAGAACAACGGCAACAACAACCCAAGAUGUGCUCUUAUCCCUUCAAUUCCAAAUGGAGGUACUAGGUCUUUCAACUGUGGAGGGAUGAUAGGUCGGUUGGUCAAUGUGGUUAUCAAUGGCACAGACCCUGGAGGUGCAUUGACAUUGUGUGAGGUGCAAGUGUUUGGAGAACUGGCUGCUCCUUCUCCUUCCUUCAGUGCGGUGGUGAUGGGUAGGGGCAUAGCAGUGGUGGAAAGCAAGCUGUGUUGGUCAGAUGCCCUGUUAUAUUGCAGAGAGUUCUACUGGGACCUGCUUAGCAUACGCAGUGAGGAGGAGCAGAGGGAGGUGGAAACGGUGCUGAGAACCGCCUCCUUCCCCCUCACCGACCACAUUUGGUUGGGACUCCGAAGGUACCUGAUGGGUGUCACAUGGUUUUGGAUGUCUGGUGAUUCUAUGAACUACACAAACUGGGAGACAACGUCUGUCUGGCAAAUCACCAGUCCCUGUGGCAGCAUUGAAGCCAAUGGCUGGACGGAUCUUCCAUGUCAAGAUAACCUUUACUUCAUCUGUUUGACAAACAUUCAGAGGGAUAUAAAAAGAGUGACGUACUUCAGUACCACCAGACCAGACCAAACACAGCUAUGAAGCUUCACUCAGUUCACUUGUCUUCAGUGCCAUGUCUGUGGAUUGUUCCUAGCAAAUGUACAUUUGAAUUGUUGUUGUUUUUCUAUUGUAAAAAAUUAUUCUUGCACCUCAUACAAAUCCUACCUAUGUUACAAAUGAGCCGACUUUAAGUUAGAUGGUGAAAUUAACUAAUAAAAUGUCCUGUUUAAUUUAUUGGAUAAGGCAAAGUUUGCUAAACAGUCAUUUAAAAAAUU